AUGGAAUAUAUAGGAAUCUAUGAAUUAGAGAUACAAUUUAGUGAUGAAGCAUUGGAUCAGAUAACAGAGGCUAAACAAAGAGUGGUCGUACAGAGAUGGAUGGACUAUGGUGAUUCAAAUGUGGCUUGGCAGUCUUUUAAACCAUUCAAUCAUAACCGAGUUGUAUGGAACAAUAGUUUUGGUUUGUUUGCAGCAUCGAGUUUUAACCAAGAUCAAGCAAUAUUUAGAGUGGCAGAUGUUGCAAGCGCAUCAAAGACACACGAGUACCCACUCUCUGACAGCGGGUACUUUAUGACACCUGAUGCAGCACGAGUCAAAGGUUAUGGAGUGGUCAAUCGAUAUAGCGAGCCAGCGGGCAUGUACUUUGGUGCGACACAGAUUGGAGAGAUCAAUGGAAAGCAAAUCGACUCUGAACUAAACGCAACCUAUGUACUAUAUAACAACUCGGCAGAGUUUAAUCCUACCAACAAAGCUAUAGUCUAUUUGGAAUCCGACACUAAAAAGGGGUUCCCCAUAUUCAAAGUAAUUGGUCAACCCAUUGUUUUAGAUUUUGGUCAAGCCUCUCAACAUUCAACCAAUACAACCAAAUCAAUCUUUUAUGAUACAAACAGCGGUCAAUUUGUCGAAGGUACCCUACCUGACUAA